GGGAGGAGAAGUUGGCUCGGCUAAUCUAAUCGGCUCCUUGCUCCAGCCACCUAAACGCGUGAGAGUCUCAACCAAACCAAUGGAAGUUUCUGGGCGGCGCGUGAGAAGAUUUCGGAUGAGGUUCCGUCACUCCGCCGGGAACUACGGCGGUUCCGUCCUCCCUAUCCGAUCUGGACACGCCGGUGGUGAGAAUCCCGACGCCGUCAUCUCGUGCUGCUACUGUGACUACAAGAUCUCGAUGUUCAACGAGCCGAUCUACCGCCUCGGACGGCGGUUUUCCCGCGUCAUGAAGGUCUGGUUCUCCGUCGGUCUCGGCUUAGGCGUUGCUUCUCUCGUCCUCGUCUCCGUCCUCCUCCUUCUGCAAUUUCACCCCAACGCCGUCUCCGAUCGCCUCCUCGCCGCCGUGUUCGGGCUCUCUCCCUCCACCCGCGUGUCACCGUCUGGGAUCGUCCAUGUGUUCAUUUCUACUGUUAUUUCUGUAUUAGUUCAUGAACUCGGCCAUGCUCUUGCUGCCGCGAGUGAGGGCAUACAGAUGGAAUACAUUGCUGUUUUCAUGGCGGCUAUAUUUCCUGGCGGGCUCGUGGCAUUCGAUCAUGAUGUUCUUGAAGCACUUCCACGGUUUAACACUCUUCGUGUAUACUGUGCUGGUAUCUGGCAUAAUGCAGUGUUUUGUGCAGUUUGCGCAUUGACUUUGUUUCUCCUGCCAGUGAUCUUGUCUCCAUUUUACAUACACGGAGAUAGCCCCAUGGUUUUGGACGUGCCAUCCACUUCACCAUUGUUUGGUUACCUGUCUGCUGGAGAAGUUAUUGUGUCCUUAGAUGGCAUACGGGUACAUAACCCUAAAGAGUGGCUUGAAUUGGCUGCUCUCUUGGAUAAGUACAACAGUGAAAGAUCCAAUUCUUCCCUCGGAAGGUUUCAUCACAGAAAGGGUUAUUGUGUUCCUUUAUCUCUGAUUGAAAAAGGGUACAAAGUUGAAAUGACUGGGAACCUGUUCGUUUGCCCUGGUGAUCUCUCUGCAUUUGUUCCUAUGCCUUGCUUAAGGGAAACUACUAGUUCACACGACAAGAAUGGUAAAGAUGAUCAACCAAUCCGAGGGAAGAGCAUGAUUUGUUUGGAUGCAAAGGACAUUGUCAAGCUUAACAAAUGCGGUGAUGGGUGGGUGACUUCUGACACCGAUGAAAUUAGCUGCAUAUGUUCACAGGGCGAGUCAUGUUUGCAUCCUGUUGAAUCUCCUGGUGUAUCUUGGACAGAGAUCACCUAUAGAAGCACUUCACCAAAUUGUUCGAGAAUUGGUGGAAGUAUAAGCUUGGUAGUUAAUACCUCGAAAAAUUCACCAGAACAUGAUUGUCUGGGGAGUUUUGUUUUCGUGGGUGACCUGAUUGCCACUGCACAUUCGGUUCAUCUAACUUCAUACCAACCUCGUCGAGUUUUUAGUUUUGGCAUUCGCCUCCCGGAUAUCUUGGAAAGGAGCUUGAUAUGCACUUUCCAUGUCUCUCUGGCACUGGUUCUUUUGAAUAGCUUGCCCGUCUAUUACCUUGAUGGUGAAUCCAUCUUAGAGACCAGUCUUGAGUAUCUAGGCUGGUCGAGCAGCAGGAGGAGGAAGAAAGCUCUGCAAGUAUGCCUUAUCGGAGGAACUUUUCUCUCGGCCUCUGCGUUUUUCCGAAUCUUCGUUCUUGGUUAUCUCUAAGGCAAAUGCAAAGAUGAUGAUGAUACGGCAUGAUGCCUUGGAGAUUUUAUAGUAAUCAAUGAUGGAGGGUGCAUCCACGGGUAGUAAUUUAAUCAUAUGUUGUAAUUGCUCUUUAUAAUGAUUAUUAUAAUUAUACAGACAGUUCAACUUUCAUGAUUUCCCUGAGCUUUUGACGGUUGUUAUA